AGUGGUCUUUUUACUCUCAAAUUUCUAAAAUCGAAUUGGGUGACCUAACAAUCUACGAUUCCGAACACCUUUUAUCUUCCUUUUAGUUUCAAUUUCUGUCAUAAUUCUCUCAUCAGAUCGCCUGGUGAAUUUUUCAGUUUCCUUUUCUACCUGCCGAAUAAUCCGAUCGAGGCUCGUAUGGGUGUUUUCUGAAGGUCAGUUCUCUUAUGAUUUCGUUGAUUUUUGGUUAUGAUUUCGGUGUCAUUUGUUACUAUUACCGUAGCGAUUUCAGAGGUGUAAUUAAUGGAAUUCAUGGAAACUUGAUUGGUUUAUGUCUCACAUGGGUCUUUUCUGCAGUUAAAAGAAUACCUAUACAGAUGAUUAGGGGACUAUGAAAAUGUCGGUUUCACCGAUCGAAAAUAUGGGUACGUUAAGCAGCGAUCUCUUUUACGACAUACUAAAACGUCUCGAUGGUGCGACCCUAGCCAGUGCGUCGUGUGCUUGUGCGGCAUUUAGUUCGAUGUCUAAAGAAGAGCGGUUAUGGGAAGACGUGUGUUCUUCGAUGUGGCCUUCGACAAAAAGGGAUGACGUCAAGAAUUUGAUAUCAUCCAUCGGAGGGUUUAAAAAGUUUUAUGCAGAUUGUUUCCCGCUUAUUGUAAACACGGAGGUUCCAGAAUUCAGAUGGAGUGAUUAUCCCGAAUAUCCCGAAGAACUGACCGAAGCCGAAUACUACGGCGAUAUCGAUGAGUUCGAAAAUGUUUCACCAUCGGAUUUUGUGUCGAUUGUGGAUAUCAGAUAUAAAGAUAAAACGAUUUGCUCGAAAGUCAUUUGGGGCAUACCAAAUGCAAAUGGUUUUAAUGGUUGGUUUUCCAACUGUCCAUUUCGAAUAGAUCUUUUUACGUUUUCAGGUAGAGGCGAGGAUCACACAGGCGGUGUUACUCUUUCGGUGGUGGAUGGUCUGCCGCCCGUAACCUCCAUGGAAAGAGAGAGGAAAGACGGGAAGCUUUGGCAAGAGCUUCGUGACGGGAUUAGACUCAGUUGGAUAGUCGUUAACACGAAAGCGAAGCAAGCGGCCAAUUUAUCAAGCUGGAGUCCGUUGGGCGGUCAACGGCAUUGGCCGACCGACAACGAUUUCUUGCUUCGGUUCGGAUCCAUCCUCCCUGCCAAAGACAUUCUUCCGUGUCAAAUGGUCGAAUGCAUUCUCGCCAUGAAGUUUCGGGUCACCGAGGCGAGUGGGGUCCACACGACCCUCGAACUGACCGAGCUUUGUAUGCAGCUCGGUGACAUGGAUGGGGCCCAUGUCAACGGGCGGAAUAGUUUGCUCGUGCUUAAAGAAGCGCUAAGCUGUAAUAGGAGUAGGAAUUACAACUUAGCGCUCGAGUCUUGCCAUUUGUACUCGAAAGUGCAAAACGAGAUGAAGGAAGAAAAAAUGCGAUAUGAAAGCAUGUUGGAUCGAUUGUUUAUUUUAGGCGGGAUCACCGCUUUUGUGACGUUAUGUUGCUAUUUUCUUCGAGCGUUUGUUUCUUGAUUUCCAACCUCUUUCAUUGUUCGUCUUGAAAUGUCCGUGUCAGAAGUCGUUAUUCUUUUACGUGAUAAUGAACUUCUGAAGACGAUGGUGUACAUAGAAUUUACUUGUGUUUUCGGCACUUUCUUUUGGUUCCUCGUGUGAGGUGUUAAUGAAUCGAGUCGAGUAGCUGGUUGUUGGAUCCCCACUUGA